UAGACAGCACGUUGCGGGAAAACAUUCUCACAGAGGCCAAAGAGCUCUUCCUACACAGCCAACAGCUCUACACUACAGCCGAAACACAGCAGCCAUGACUGAGAGACGUAUUCCUUUCACCAUGCUCCGCACCCCCAGCUGGGACCCAUUCCGUGACUGGCACCAGAGCCGCAUCUUUGACCAGACCUUCGGUAUGCCUGCCUUUCCCGAAGACCUCAACACAUUCCCCAGCAGCCACUGGCCGGGCUACAUGCGGCCCUCUCUCAUGGCCCCAGACAUGCCCUCCAUGGGCCAGAUGAACACCAUGGGCCAAAUGAACCCCAUGGGCCAGAUGAACCCCAUGGGCCAGAUGAGCUCCAUGGGCCACAUGAUGCCCCAGAACUCCAUGAUGUACCCACCGGCCAUGAUGGCCCAUCAGGCCCGUGCCAUGUCCCGCCAGCAGAGCAGCGGCAUGUCAGAGAUCAAGCACAGCCAGGACAGCUGGAAGGUGUGCCUGGAUGUCAACCACUUCUCCCCUGAGGAGCUGGUGGUGAAGACCAAGGAUGGAGUGGUGGAAAUCACUGGCAAGCAUGAGGACAGGAAGGACGAGCAUGGUUUUGUGUCCAGGAGCUUCACCAGGAAAUACACCCUCCCAUCUAAUACUGACGUUGAGAAGGUGAACUCCUCCCUGUCUCCUGAGGGGGUGCUGACCGUGGAUGCUCCUCUGAUCAGAUCCAUCGAGGGCUCAGAGACCAAGAUACCUGUCAACGUGGAAAACAAAGGCAUGCUGAAGAAGUAGAAAGAAAGUAGCAGUUAUUUUGUAAAUCUAAUAACAAAGGUCCCAGGAGAGCAUGCAUACCACCAGUCUGAGUGUAGAACGGUGAUUGUUGGAGUAAACACUGUGGGACUGAACUGGAAUUGUACUGCAUGCAAACGUGGAAUAAAGGAAACAAAAAAUAUA